AUGGCGGCAGGAGCUGGAAGUUCGAUGCUUUACUCGCUUCUUCUGUUCUUGGUCAUUCUGUCACUUCAAGAGAUGUACCGCGGGAAGCUGGCGUCUACUAAGUUGUUCACCAUUCUGGGAGGAUUUACUAGCUCUCUCCUUUUCCUUGUGCUCUUAACUUUCAUUGGUAAUUUCCAGGAAUCAAAUGGCAUGAAGACCGGGUGGGGUGCUGUUGUAUUGGCUGAAGUCGUUGCUCUAAUUGCUGCUGGAACUGUCCAUCGGGUUUGCAUAACAACUUGUUUCUUGUUCUCGGCUGGGUUACUCUAUGAGGUCAACAAGCUUUCUGGGAUCGCUCAAUCUAAAGUUGAAUCCAAAACAAGGAGACAUUGA